GCAUCCAUUCGCCCCAGUCGCGAGCCGCAGAGAGAGAGGGAGAGUGAAAAGAUGCCGGCGGGUCACGGUGUGAGAGCGAGGACUAGGGAUCUGUUCUCCAGGCCCUUCAGGAAGAAGGGGUAUAUACCUCUGACAACGUACCUGAGGACCUACAAGAUUGGAGACCAUGUUGAUGUCAAGGUCAAUGGAGCGAUCCACAAGGGUAUGCCCCAUAAGUUCUAUCAUGGUCGCACUGGCCGCGUCUGGAAUGUCACCAAGCGUGCCCUAGGUGUCGAGGUCAACAAACAGGUGGGUAACAGGAUAAUCAGAAAGAGAAUCCAUGUUCGUGUGGAGCACGUGCAGCCUUCAAGGUGCACGGAGGAAUUUAAAUUGAGGAAGCAGAAGAAUGAUCAGCUGAAAGCUGAGGCUAAGGCAAGAGGUGAGGUCAUAAGCACAAAGAGACAGCCAGAGGGCCCUAAACCCGGUUUUAUGGUGGAAGGUGCAACAUUGGAAACUGUUACGCCCAUUCCUUAUGAUGUUGUUAAUGAUCUCAAGGGUGGCUAUUAGGCGUGAUUUCUCUUGGUUUUUUUAUUUCUGUUUGUUUGAAUUGUUGGAAACCUUUCAAUUGGACUAGUGAUUUGGAAUUUUGGAUGUGAUUCCUUUUUUAAUGACAGUUCCGGUAUUCUUAGUUUCUUUCUCUAUAUAAUGGAUGUUAUCUGUGGAAAGUUGUGGUUU